AUGGUUUCAUCUAGCUCUGCAAUCUGUUGUGCUAUUGUGAUUGUUGCUUCUUUUUUCAUAGAGCUAGCAGGGAAGCAAGCUGACCAAAACCUUGAGACUUUCAGAGAGCUAAGGCACAAUGCCACCGCAGCUAAGAUGAAAGAGGAGUUUGAUGCCUGUGUGAGAUUUUACAAGGAGGUAAGGCCCCAAAUCCAAGCAGCACAUCUCUUGUCACAGAAGAGACAGUACGAGAACAAUUCAGCUUUGCUUCAAGCAAAUGAGUUUGCAUUAAGAUGUUCAUUAGGCAUCUCUGUUGACACUUCAAUCAGUGUGAACCAAUAUAUUGCUCUAGCACAGCUAAAUAAGUUUUAG